CAUCAUCGUUUCCUCUUCGUCAACAACUCCUCCGUUAUCACCGCCGUCCAGGUCACAUCGAUCCCUCAUGAUGCCUCAAUCAUCCACGGCUUUCAUCCCUGGAAGCCACCAGUGAUCGGUCGUUGAAUCGUCGCUUUUGCAUGCGCAACUACCAUAACCACCAUCUACGCUACCGGCGCCACUAUCAUCACCACCGCCUCCGCCAUCGAAUCUAUGUGUUUGCGUAGCUGCAGGAGUAGGAUUUGGGGUUUUGGUGUUCUGGAUGCAUCUCGCGUCCUGGAUAAAUGCUUGUUUCUAGGGAUCUAGGGUUUACGGACCUGAUCCUGGUCUUUUUUGUCUUCGUUGUUGUUCCGGUCGUUGGCCUCGGUUUCUUUGUCCGUAGGAAAUGGAAGCUUGCGGUUGCCAGGAGGGAGGAGAUCAAGAGACUCCUCGUUUUGGCCUCUGAAGAGGCUGCGAGGGCUGAGCUCGAGGCUGCGGUGGAGUACGGUGCCGCCGUCUCCGUCGCUCGGGAGUUUCAGUGCGCCGUCUGUUUUUGCCCCACCACCACACGUUGCUCUCGUUGCAAGGCCGUGAGAUACUGGUGUGUUUUAUUUCUUUCCACUCCCUAUCUGGUAGUCGUGUUAAGCUCUGGUAAGUGUCAAAUCAUUCACUGGAGACAAGGGCACAAGGAUGAAUGCCGUCCCCAAAGCACUCCAAUUUCCAUCAGUCAUGUUAAUGACUUUGGCGAGAAGGCAGUAUCGGGGGAUGAAUGUGAGUUUUCUAGUGACAAUUUGGAGACUGAAGGCAUACACAGCAAUGAAAUAGAAACCUCAAAAGAGGAACCUGCUACAUAUGAAGUUCUAGGCAGGAAAGAUGAUACAAUCAAACCCCUUGUUGAUCCCAAAACUACAGGCACCGUUUCUGAAUCUUCUGGUGGCUCCUUGUCGACUGGCUUCUUUACAUCCACUGGCACAAAUGAAUCAUUGGUUGAUGUUUCUGUCUGUGAGAUACCUGUUCCAAGCACAUCUGACAGAGUGGAGGGACUUCAAACCAAUAUUACGACAGCGGAUAAGCUUGAGAGUAGCACAGAUGUUAAGGAUAUGAAGCUAACUAAAUCACUACCUUCAGAGUUUAAUAGUUCAGUCAAUUCUGUAAAUUGUUCUUCUUCUAGUAAAUUAAAGCAGGAGAAAUCCAGUUUUAAUGCUGGAGAGGAUAACUACAACUCAGCUGUUUAUUCACCUUCAAGCUCAACUGGUUCUUUGAGUCCAAGCACCAAUGCAUGUAUGCCUGCUGAGUCUACAGCAUGUUCUGAUUUCUGGGGCCCAGCUCUUGAUUUGAGUGGGUAUGGUGUUCAUGAUGAUUCUGCUUACUCCAGUAUCAGAGAAGAUGGUGAUGACGUUUUAUCUGAUUCUGGUUCUCUCUUAUGCUCAUCAAAGAACUUGUCUGGGCGUAUUGAUUCUUCCUUUCCUUCACAACGUUCAAAGCCUGAGACAGUCAAGUCCAGCGAUCCUUCUCCAACAAGCUUUAAGAAUGCAACUCCUGCCACUGGAGCUGCUCCCUCUCGAAAGAUGGUUACAGAUUUGUCUAGGAUCAGUAGCUUGCCAGCAUCGAGCUCUGAAAGGUCAAAAACUGUGGCUAAUGAAAGCCGCAAUGAUACACAGUUAUUGAAGUCUAAAACCGUUAGGUCUUUCUCAUCUUCUGCUUCUGAUCUUCCAUCUACAAAGGUUGAAAAUAGUGUUCAAUCGGUGAGAAAUGGUUCACCUGAGGUUGCAAGUUCGUCACCUAAUGUUGGUAAUGGCUUGAAAACUUCUGUGCGGAAAGUUGUUCAGCAAUUUAGAUCCUCAAAAAUCUCAGUAUACAACCCAUUGGGGCUCGGUACUGAGGUUGCCGGAAAAUACAAUUGCAAGAUGGUCUUCCCUUAUGAACUAUUCCUCAAACUUUACAAUUCGGACAAAUUGGAAUUUCGCCCUUUUGGCCUUACAAACUGUGGUAACAGCUGUUACGCUAAUGCUGUUCUCCAGUGCCUGGCAUUUACUAAGCCUCUUACUGCUUAUCUUCUUCAAGGACUCCACUCUAAAGCAUGUUCGAAGAAGGAGUGGUGUUUCUCCUGUGAGUUUGAGGAUCUAAUUCUGAAGGCAAAGGAGGGGAAAUCACCACUUUCUCCCAUUGGGAUACUCUCGCAAAUACAAAGCAUUGGAAGUCAUCUUGGUCGUGGUAGAGAAGAAGAUGCCCAUGAAUUUUUAAGGUAUGCUAUUGAUACAAUGCAAUCGGUUUGCCUCAAGGAAGCUGGGGUAAAUGUAGUAGACCAAAUGGCAGAAGAGACAACACUUGUAGGCCUGAUAUUUGGGGGUUACCUUCGAUCUAAGAUAAAGUGUCUGAAAUGCCAAGGCAAAUCUGAGCGGCAUGAACGGAUGAUGGAUCUUACUGUUGAGAUACAGGGGGACAUUGGAACUCUCGAAGAGGCUCUUGCACAGUUUACAGCCACUGAAACAUUGGAUGGAGAUAACAAGUAUCACUGUGGCAGAUGUAAAUCCUAUGAGAAAGCAAAAAAGAAGUUGACGGUAUUAGAAGCUCCUAAUAUCCUUACAAUUGUUUUAAAGCGAUUUCAGUCUGGUAAAUUUGGAAAGCUCAACAAGUCAGUUCAGUUUCCAGAGAUCCUAAAUUUGGCUCCAUAUAUGAGCGGGACAAGCGACAAGUCCCCCAUAUACCGGCUUUAUGCAGUUGUUGUGCACUUGGACAUUAUGAAUGCUGCAUUUUCUGGUCACUACGUGUGUUAUGUUAGAAAUUUCCAGGGAAAGUGGUUCAAGAUUGAUGACAGCACGGUCAAACCUGUUGAGCUUGAUAGGGUCUUAUCAAAGGGGGCAUACAUGCUUCUUUAUGCCAGGUUCUCUCCUCGGGCCCCAAGUUUGAUUAGGAAAUCAAUGAUAUCCAGUGAUAACAAAAUGAAAAGAAGCAGAUUCUCAGAAGCUGUCAACAACAAUGGAAAAAGUACAACAUCCAAGUCAAGAACUAACAUCGUUCCAAGUACCGGCCCUGCUAUGGUGCAUAGGGUGCCUGAAGGCUAUGCUCCUUGGAUGACCAAGGAUGGUGGUGCAAGCUUUGAUUCAUUGAGUGACAAUUCUUCCCUCUUUAGCUGCUCAGAUGAAGGCUCAUGCAGUACUGAAAGCACGAGGGACUCGACCAGCACUGAAGAUUUUUCUGAUUACAUAUUUGCGGAUGCAGGACGCAGUUGGAACAUUCCUUUGGGGGUCUUAUCAGACUCGGAUGGUUCCUCUUCCUCGUUGUGCUCACUUUCUCCCCCAGUGAACUUGAAGAGACAUGAACCGGGUUCUCCUGAGACAAGUGGGUAUCCAGCUUACAUUCCAGGUUCAGUGCCAGAGGCUGAUGGAAUUUUGAUGAGGCAACCUCAAGAGAGCAGUAGGAAACAGGAUUGGCAAGGGAAGGGAAACCCAGACUCUUCCCUUUUACACCCGGACACAACUAAACAGUGUAGAAAGUCGUCAAACCAAUGUAGCAGUAGUGAUAGAUGUAGUAGUUGUAGGGAGACUGACUCAGAGAAAUUAGGUUGGGUUAACCCUUUUGAUGUGAGAUCUGGUGUAUCAUUGAGAAGAUCAACUCGGGAAAGACCGACUCAAACAUUUUAUUGAUGGUUGAGUUGCGUUUGGAAAAUAAGAGUUAAAGCUGUAUGUAAGUUACACUUUUGUUGAUUUAAUAUAAAAAUUGUCUAACCAUUUUGCUUCGU